CGGUCCCUUCGUCUUUCCUCGUCGUCCCCUCACCCACAAUAAACUGGUAUGAGACUCUUUUGCGUCCCAAUGUGAAACGGCUCUUAGCUGACCCAGAUGCACGCUCGAAGCAGUUUAAAAAGUACGGAAUGUGAAUGUUCAGUAUUGAAGUUAAGCCUAGUCUAAUUUUCGGGAAUUUAGCAUUGUGUGAUUAAUCUGUUGGUGGUUUUGGGAUUUCCCCCUCAUAGUUUACAGUUCAUUACAGUUUCACUCGCUUUGUUUUUGCACACGAACUAUUAUUUUGUGAGUGGUAUAGAGAAGGUGGAUUUGAGGAGGCAUUGUUAAUCGGGGUUCUGGGGCUAGCUGUUGACACUGGCAUCAAAAGCACAGUUUCGGUACCUUUAUGUUUCAAUGAAUUCAGCCAGAUAGUUUCCGUUGUCAUCGCCAUCAACGAAGAGAGUAUAGUGUGACCAGCAACUACAACUUCCGCCAGCCGCCAGUAUUUCUGCCGCCAACGAGGUAGUAUAGGAGGAGGCAAAGGAACGUGUAUAACUAAAACGAGUGUUUUCCUUAUUGUUUACAUUUCCAUUUCUCUGAACUUUCAAGCUUCUGCGCCAAAUACAUUGAGUCGCCGCCAUAUGAGUGAAAUCGUGUUGAGUCGAGGCGCUUUUCCAACUUUUCAUUUUAGUCUCGAUUUCGUUCUCGUUUGUGGCGUUUGCUGGUCGAAAAGUAAUAGUUGACCCGUGGAGCGAUUGUCGUGACGAUUCUCAACAAUAAAAAAAACAAAAAGACAACAACAAUAAAUAACCAAAAAUACCUAUUUAAUACAAAUAAUCUACUUGAAAUUCAUUGUUUAUUUGGCGAAAUGCGUUAAAUCGGACUUAAAAGUAUCGAAGUGCAACACCUGUGCAUAGUACAUACAUACAAACAUACAUAUAUUGGCCAAGUACGGCGUUAGGCGAAUGUGUAAUGUGUUUUUCUAGUCUUUAGUAACGAUCAUUAAAAGUGGACUUAUUGGGACUUAGGAGUAAUUGUUGUGCUGCGAACGUACAAGCAAUCGAGGCCAGUGAACAUAAAUUUGUCUCCAGUUUGUAAAAAUAUAUCGCCGAAGCAGGUGGCUGCUUUUUGGAGAAAAACUAAUACUCGUAUAUCUUUAGGAACAAAAUUUCGAAAUACAAAUAAAUGCAUGUUGUUGUUGUGAAAAUUUAUUGAGCUACUUUUGAGUGCACAGACAAUUAAAAUGGAAGUGUAAACAGCAUUAGUUAAGUGAUAAAGUAAAAGUGCCGUUAAAGUAGACAUGGAAUUGACAGUAUAUCGGCGCAUGCAAUCUUGAUUAUCAACUACUCUGCGUUGCCAAGCGUUUUUCACGACAGCCAGUUAAAAUCAUUUACAUCCCGCUCAAUUACGUCACAUAUUCGCACAUUUAACUGCACAUAUACUUGGUAUGUACAAUAUAUAUAUGCAUGGAAGUGAAGGGUAGAGUGAAAUGCCAAGCGGAAAUCGAAAGCGGCCAGAUACGCUGGAGUUAGAGGUGCUUGGUGUGCGCCAAACGGAGUCUUCCGACAAUGAGGAUUGCGGUGUCACCACCCGUGUUCUACCAAGAUCACAUCACCAAAGUUACCAGCUGCAAACAGAACAAAAAGAGCCGGCACCAAAACCACAAUACUUCCAUGCAGCCAAGUCGGAAUGCGUAUCCGCCAGCGUCGAAAAGCCGUCCAGUACAUUUCAACAAAAACUAUAUUCCCCAUCGCAGCCGGUUGAAAAACACCAACAAAAAUGGUUUCAUUUACGUCGCAAACCUCGUCCUACGCCGUCAACAAUAUCGACAUGUGACAGCAACAACGAGCUUACUGCUCAUACGAACACUGUUCCACCAAAAUUAGCCACGCCGGCGACAGCAGUUGUCGCCAACACAACCACCACAAUGUGUACAUCGGUGCCCACAAGUCAAACCAUACCCGAUGUUGCGGCGGUGCUCACGAGGCGCGACUCGAAAAAGCAACGAAGCCACACACACACCGAAAGCCUUUAUAGUUUAGCGACGCUUGCUCAGUCGGGUGAAAUACGUCAACAACAACAAUUUGAACCGAAUGCAAACAACGCUUUAGCGAACACAACAAUCAACCCUGAGCCCUGGUCAAAAUCGAGUGAGAAAGCAAAAGACCUACAGGCAGACAUGAAAGCAGUCAUUUAUUUCAAUGAGAACAACGACGCUCCACUCCAAAGUAGCGCAUUUAUAGAUCGAGGCAUUCGCGAUCAUAUGUUACUCACUUCUGAGCUAACGUCAGUGGAGGAAGGGGUGGAUGCUGCCAUGUCAGCACCAGUAUCCGGGUUUCAAGCGCGGUUUUUGUCUAUUUUGGGAAAGUUACCAGGUUGGAAGCACAGUGGAAGCAUGGGUCGGCGAUCUCGUACGACUGUCGCGACAACAGCGUCGAUGGCAGGUGAAGGAUCGUUGGGUGUCAACGAUGCGACAGAAAGUAUAAGCGUCCAUAAAAACCAAAAAUUCAAUGCCGACUUUGAACAGUUUACGAUGUCGCAGGUUGGGAACGGUGCUGGUAGUGAUAAGGGUGUUCGAAGACUGUCACAAAUGCGACGUCGGCGCAGUUCAUACUACUUCUCCGAGAAUGAACGCAGAAUUCGAGCCAACGACCGAGAAUUUAAUGCACAAUUCAAAUACGCCGACAAUUUCAUCAAAACGUCUAAAUAUACACUGCUAACGUUUUUGCCAUUCAAUCUGCUCGAACAAUUUCAACGUCUUGCCAAUUUCUAUUUCUUGUGCUUAUUGGUGUUGCAGCUUAUACCAGCGAUAUCGUCAUUAACCCCCGUUACCACCGCCAUACCGUUAAUUGGCGUAUUAACAUUGACAGCCGUCAAAGAUGCCUACGAUGACAUUCAACGCCAUCUGUCGGAUUCUCAGGUGAAUAAUAGAAAAUCGAAAACAUUGAGGAACGGUCAAUUAAUCGAUGCUAAAUGGUCAGGAGUUCAGGUUGGAGACGUGAUACGUCUGGAGAACAAUCAGUUCGUGGCAGCCGAUAUCCUCCUGCUGACAACAUCCGAACCGAAUGGCUUGUGUUUCAUCGAAACAGCCGAAUUGGAUGGCGAAACGAAUUUAAAAUGUAAGCAGUGCUUGCCAGAGAUCACUGAAUUGGGUCAGCGGCAUGAUCUUUUGUGGAAUUUUAAUGGUGAAAUAAUCUGCGAGCGGCCAAAUAACUUACUGAACAAGUUCGAGGGCACACUCAUAUGGCGAAACCAGAGGUAUGCGCUCGACAAUGAAAAAAUCCUACUUAGAGGCUGUGUUCUACGCAAUACACAAUGGUGCUAUGGUCUUGUCAUAUUUGCGGGCAAGGACACAAAACUAAUGCAGAACUCGGGCAAAACACAAUUCAAAAGCACUGGUGUUGAUAGACUGUUAAAUUUUAUAAUAAUCGGGAUAGUACUUUUUCUACUUUCUAUAUGUGCGUUCUUUACCUUGGCCUGUGCCAUUUGGGAAAGCUUUAUUGGUCAGCAUUUUCAGCUAUACUUACCUUGGGAAAACAUCAUACCAAAAAAUGUUGCACAAGGCUCCACCGUUAUUGGUCUGUUGGUUUUCUUUUCCUAUGCAAUCGUCUUAAAUACUGUUGUGCCAAUAUCUCUCUACGUUUCAGUAGAGGUUAUACGUUUCGCGCAAUCAUUUCUCAUCAAUUGGGAUGAGGAAAUGUACUAUGAACGCUCGAAAACUCAUGCCAAAGCACGUACCACCACACUCAACGAGGAGUUGGGGCAAAUACAAUAUAUAUUUUCGGAUAAAACUGGCACACUAACACAAAAUAUAAUGACAUUCAACAAAUGCAGUAUUAACGGUCGUACCUACGGCGACGUGUUUGACCUGCGUACGGGUGAAGUUAUCGAGGUCACAGACAAGCAAAAAUAUGUACAGAAUUGCAACAGUAAAUUGAGUGGCAGCAAUGCCAGCAACAAAAGCACACCGGCACCAACAAUAUUAUUGCACAGCGCCGAAGUACAUCCGAAGAGCACAAUUAUGGUCUCCAGUCCUGAGGAAGGUGGCACGGCUGAUACCUCCAUAGCACCACCAAGCUUAACAACAACACCCAAAGAAGUUCCAUUGCCCAUCACUACUACAACGACCACUCAAGCCGCUGUGGUGAACCCAUUGGAUGAUGACACCACACCAUCUCCAACGAACAACCAGCGUCAUGUCCAAUACGAUGAGAGUUCCAUGGACACGACUGUCACAGAAGUGAAUGCGCACCAGUCACCAACAUGCCAAAUACAAGACCAGUUCUCCACGCUGUCCAAUUCAGGCGAUAAAGCUCUUGAACCGGUGGACUUUUCGGCGAAUCCAGAAUUCGAGCCAGACUUUCGUUGGUACGACAAGACGCUGCUGGAUGCAGUGCGUUCUGACGAGGUGCAUUCGCAAAAUUUCUUCCGCCUGCUCGCGCUUUGUCACACCGUGAUGCCCGAGUAUGUGGAGGGCCGCCUAGAAUACCAGGCUCAAAGUCCCGACGAGGCAGCUUUGGUGUCGGCAGCGCGAAACUUCGGUUUCGUGUUCCGUUCACGAACGCCAAAUAGUAUAACCAUAGAAGUGAAAGGGAACCGAGAGGAGUAUGAGCUUCUAAAUAUUAUAGACUUUAAUAACGUGCGCAAGCGUAUGUCGGUGAUAUUGAGACGAGGUGAUGACAUUAUACUGUACUGCAAAGGUGCUGACAAUGUGAUUUACGAUAGAUUAAGUACUAGUCAAAACGAUAAUAAGGCGCGUACCCAGGAUCAUUUGAAUAAAUUCGCUGGCGAAGGUUUACGAACGCUGGUACUCGCCGAAAGACGUCUUGACGAAGCCUACUACAUGGAUUGGUCGCAGCGUCAACAAAUAGCGGCAGUUUCCUUAGAUGCGCGCGAAGAGAAGCUCAACGCCAUGUACGAGGAGAUCGAAAGCGACUUGAUACUCGUCGGUGUGACGGCGAUCGAAGACAAAUUACAGGAUGGUGUACCUCAGACGAUAGCCAACCUACAAAUGGCCGGUAUAAAAAUUUGGGUACUGACCGGCGACAAACAAGAAACGGCUAUAAAUAUUGGCUACUCCUGUCAGUUGUUAACCGAUGAGUUGGCCGAUGUAUUCAUCGUGGACGGCAGUUCACUGGAGGAAGUCAACAAACAAUUGCGCCAAUUCCGUGAAUCGGUGCGAAUACUCAAUCGGUUUAGACCAACGCCGCUGGAACCGACAGUUAACUUGAAUCUCAAUUUAAAUGGUGCGGAUAGUGCCGAUCGGAACUCAUCUGUGAUGUAUGGCACUGGACUGCGUACACGGACCUCGCCGCCGCCAGCGCCAGCGAUAUCGGUGGUUACCUUUAGGUGGGAUGAUGACAAAAUUAAGCAUAAUAAGGGCGAACCGGACAGCGCCGAAUGCAAUGAACUGUAUGACAAUAUUGAGAAGGGUGAAGACGGCACGAGUGCGUUGCAUCCGGAUGAAAUCAUUGAGGAGAAUACAGGAUUCGCUAUUGUUGUAAAUGGGCAUUCGCUUGUCUACUGCCUCUCACCGGAAUUGGAAUCAAAAUUCCUGGAUGUGGCUUCACAGUGCAAGGCCGUUAUUUGCUGCCGCGUUACGCCUCUACAAAAAGCCUUGGUGGUGGAGUUAAUUAAGCGCGCCAAGAAUGCUGUAACGCUGGCAAUCGGCGAUGGAGCCAAUGACGUUUCAAUGAUCAAAGCUGCUCACAUAGGCGUUGGCAUCUCAGGCCAAGAGGGUUUGCAAGCGGUACUGGCUAGCGACUAUUCGAUAGCACAGUUCCGCUACUUAGAGCGUCUCCUGCUCGUCCAUGGCCGUUGGUCAUACUAUCGCAUGUGUAAAUUCUUGCGGUAUUUUUUCUAUAAGAAUUUUGCAUUUACUUUGUGCCACUGCUGGUAUUCGUUCUUUUGUGGCUUUAGCGCCCAGACGGUGUUCGACCCAAUGUUCAUAUCAGUAUACAAUUUGUUCUAUACCUCACUGCCGGUGCUAGCUUUGGGGGUAUUCGAGCAAGAUGUCUCCGACAAACACAGCAUAGAAUAUCCAAAGUUAUAUACACCCGGACUGAAAAGUCAACUGUUCAACACGCGCGAAUUUGUUUACAGUGUUCUGCAUGGUGCCUUCAGUUCGCUCAUAUUAUUUUUAAUACCAUACGGCACUUACAAGGAUGGUAUCUCCCCAAAUGGUCUCAUACUAAGCGAUCACAUGACCUUGGGCGCGGUUGUUGCCACCAUCCUCAUAAUUGACAAUACAGCACAGAUAGGCUUGUAUACUUCAUAUUGGACGAUAUUUAAUCACAUCACCAUUUGGGGUAGCUUGGUAUGCUUUUUCGUAUUGGAUUACUUUUAUAAUUAUGUCUUCGGUGGCCCCUAUGUGGGCUCACUGGCGAUGGCCAUGAAGGAUUUGACCUUCUGGGCGACAAUGGUAAUAACAGUUAUUGUGAUAAUGGCUCCUGUGUUGGCCUAUAAAUUCUAUCUAAUCGAUGUACAUCCUAGCCUAGCUGAUAAGAUACGUCUUAAAUGUCGCGUAAGCACUCGUCAGUCACGGCAGAGUAACAUGGUAAUGCGAACACCUUCGGCGAGAAAGGCACGACGAUCAUUGCGCUCUGGUUACGCAUUUGCGCAUCAGGAAGGCUUUGGUCGACUUAUUACCUCGGGCAAGAUUAUGCGAAAAUUACCACAGGAUUUCGCUUUUCCAUUGGGCCUGGGCAGUAAAAAGUUACAACCGCAAACGAUGGAUGGCAACGACGGAAGAAAUAAUCAAAACAAUAAUAACAGCACCCGAAGUAACAAAAAUUCGUCGACAGGAUACCUCAACGACACCGACGCCGAAAGUGCGGCUGGGGGUGGGAGCAGCAAUGGCGCUCAUAGUGACGAAAACGUAAGCCCCCGUGCACCUUGCCAAGACUUAGAUACAAUUAAUCUUUAAGUUAAUUAUUGUGUGUAUGUAUGUGUAGCGUAAAGAGAGUGAACAUUGAACGAUUGGCAAGCAUCGACAGUUCAAUCCAUAUGACACCAAAAGAAUAAACCAAAAAGCAAAUUAAAAAUGCACAUUGCAAAGGAAAAGUGGAACUUGAACAAGUAGAAAGUUUUAACAAAAUGCUGUAGCAAUUAGUUCAUAAUUAUUUAAGAACUCUACAAUCAACUAGAAAUCCCAAGAACCUUUAUAGUCAUAGAAUAAUGUUAACAAUGUAUGAUCAGGUGAUUGUGUUUAAUUAUCUACUAUUUGUGAAUAUUUUGAUAAAACUAAACAAAUAGUAAGAAAAAACUGUAUUAUGAAAUCUGUAAGGCGGAAGUUAAGAAAUACAAAAUUUUUGAAAUGAAAGCUUUAAUCCUUAGUAAACAGCUUUAAUGAGAUUUAAAUAAGUAAUUGAACCUUUUUAUGCAGAAGUAAUAUUUUCAUUCACAUAUACAUAUAUGCAUGUGUGUACAUAAUAAAGCAGUUCUUCAAUAUGGCUUAGUCUCAAGGUGCAAAAUGUACAAAAUUCUUCUCAUCUAUCAAUAUAUGAAAAUGUUGGAAUUUUUACAAUUAUGUUAGUGCGUAAAAUAUGUGAAAAAGAAUCUCAAAGAGAUAAGAGAGGCCGCGAUACAUAUACAAACUCAAAGAUGCUGCAUACUGCAUAAAAGUACUCACAAGCAUACGCAAACUCAUAAAAAUAAAAAUGUAUAAAAUCACAAAUUUUUAACAAUUUCUUAAAGAAGCAUCGAUGUUUCAACAACUAUAUGAUAUGAGCAUAGAUCUAAAAUAGUACUUUGAAUUAGGCAACUUUCUUAGUAAGCCAGUGAAUACACUAUUUACAUACAUACUUAAUUAGUUUAUAAACCACAUUUUCUAUAAUGCUUAUUUAAUAAGAGACGUCAAUAAAUAAGGGAAACAUGUUUAUACUUUUAAUUGAUUUCAUCCUUCAAAAGAACUUUAUAAUAUAUCCAAAGUACCAAACAGAAAGGGACGAGGUUUCAUGUAUUUGUAUUUCUUGAUACCCAAUUACCCUUUUGUAUGAGCAAAUACGCUUGAUAUUAUUUGUUUAAUGAGCGUAAUCAAUAUAAUGUCUGUUGUCGUCGUUCUAGCCACUUGGGCUGGCCCCAUCCGGACAAUAAAUAUCCAAAAAACUUUGAAUAAACAUAAUUAUUUUCAACUUUAUUUAUCGUUAGUAUUGCCGUACCUGUCCAUUGUUUUCGCAAUUAAAAAAAGGGAAAAUAUACAAUAAUACUAAACUGAUUGGGCUUUGCUAUAAUUUUCUGUAUUAUAUAGUUCAAUGCUAAGUUUGAAACGAAGAGACAACAAUUUUAAGGUAUAUUUAUCAGUUACACAAAAUUUUGUAUUUACGUAAGGAUAAAUUUUAGCGUGCUUAUACAUACAUACGUAUUUAGUGAUGAAGAGAAAUCCCAUUACAAUAAGCAUAAUAACAUUUCAUCGGAAUUGAAAAUCUCUGUUGAAAAAAUAGUCGUGUAAAAGGUUAUCGAGUGUAUAUCAAAAGUUAUUUUUUUUUAAAUAAUAAUGAAAAUUAUUAUACACGACUUUUCUAACACGUUUUUUUAUUAUUUUCUUUUUAAAUGUGAAAAUUAAGAUCUAAAAGAAAAUGCAUAUUUCUUACGCAUAAACCGGUAACCGAAUGAAAAGGGAAUUGAAUGUAUGCAUACAUAUACAUAUUUAAACAAGGAGGUUAAUGCCGCUGUACGAUUAGUUUUUACACUAUCAUAUACCAUAUGUAAAGCUAAUUUCGCAAUAGAACAAAUAUUAAACUAUAUAAAUCAAGAAACAUGUUUUUUUUUACAAUGACACUGCAAUAUUUAUUGAACUUUUAGUUGAACAAAACAUUUACUUUUAUAAUUAUAUUUUUAAGUUAACUGCUCACGAAUAAGACGAUGAAUGUUUCAUUGAAAUAAGUGUUACUAAACAAAUAAACUGGAAUGCAUGUACCAUUGAAAAUUGAAAUUAUCCGUGGUGAGUUGUUACCUAAACAUACAAAGCAUUGUGAUUAAUUACAAAUUUUUUUAUAUAAAGCCAAAACAUCUCACGAGUAGUCUUAAAUCUUGCCUGCUCGCUUUACUUAGCACGUCAAUGUACAUUGACGUUCGAUUCGUAUAAAAAAACUAGCAAGUGUACUUAUGUCUGUAUUUAAGGUAGGGCUUAUAGUAGUUUUACUCAUAUAUACUAUAUAUAGUUACACGCAUUCAGCGCUAAAUGCUUUUUAAUUGGCAAUUUAUCGGUAGGUGAAGUACACAUUGUACUCUUAGCGUGUAGUAUAGUAGAGGCGCAUGCGCUCCGUUAUCAUAGUUGUACCUAUUCAAAAUGUAUUUAUAAGGCGCUUAAGUUUUGAACAUUGAUGCUGAACAUUGUUUUUAAUAAAGAAUAUUGUAUUUUUACAUAUA